AUGGGUUCAACUAGCAACAUUAGUCAGUCAGUUCUCAGCAAAAAGAAAUCAGAGACAGAAGCCAUGGUUCAUCAUGCAAGUUCUUCAGCAAAUUCUGCUUCAGCCAGUGAUGGAGAGACGACAAACCUUGUAGAUUCCAGCCAGUCUCUUCUAGAGUGGUGCCAAAAGGCCUUUGAUGGCUUUGCUGAACUGGGCAUCUCCAGACUGAUGGAUCCCAAUGACAUGGUAGUGCGGUCUGUGCCGGACCGACUCAUUGUUAUGACUUACCUCAGCCAGAUCCGAACACACUUUACUGGUCAGCAACUCAGUGUGGUACAAAUUGAACAAAACAGCAAUGAGUCAAGCUAUGCUGUGGGGGAGAAAAUACAGAACACAGACCCUGAUGCUGCUGCACGCUAUUAUGCUGAGAGAUUCCAGACCAGCCACCUUGCUCCUGAGACACAUGGGAACAUCCCUGACAAAGGGACUCAGGAGAAUCCAAAUACAAAUGGUAGUUUGGUACCACCACCUCGAACCAGGGGCACUCAAGGGGCAAGUCAAGCAGGAGGCUCAGGGGGACCCCAGGCUCCGGUUGCUCCUCCACGGACUCAUACUUUAUCUGUCAAAGGUUUUUCACAUGUCAAGGAUGCAGAUUUGGUAAAGAAGCGGCGAUCACAACUGAGAGGGGAGUCUUUCGAAGAGUCUGAGAUGUCAGACAAACCGUCUGCAGCUGAGGAUGCCAGUCAGUAUGUUUUGAGUGAGAUGCAGGCCCUGGAGGCAGAGCAGAGGCAGAUAGAUCAGCGGGCCGACAUUGUGGAACGGAACCUAAGACGAAUUAUGGAAUCUGGAAUUGACCGUGCAGAGGAGGAGAAACUGAUUCAGGAGUGGUUCAUGCUAGUUAACAAGAAGAACGCCUUAAUCAGAAGACAAGACAAUCUUCAAUUAUUACAAGAGGAGCAUGAUUUGGAGAGGAGGUUUGAACUGCUAAAGGGAGAGCUUAGAGAUCUCAUGGCAGUAGAAGAAUGGCAGAAGACUCAGGCCCAUAAAACCAGAGAGCAUUUGCUGCUGCAAGAGUUGGUGUCUCUUGUUAACCAGAGGGAUGAACUAGUCCAUGACAUAGAUGCCAAAGAACGAGGGGCUUUGGAAGAAGAUGAACGGUUGGAAAGAGGUCUGGAGCAGAGACGAAAAAAAGGGAUUUUGGAUUCUACCUCAGUGGAAGAUCUGCAGUUGACAUCCGACCCACCUAAAGCUUGGCAAAAGAUUUCGCUGAAGUUGGGCCUGGCCUCGGCUCAUCCUGUCUACCAAGGCUGUGAUUCUAAACUUAAAACCACACUAAAAACCUUUUGGACUAAAUGGAUUGCGAAGAAGGAUGCCCAUGAGCUUCAGUUGGACCUGCUUUUUGCUCAAGAUAACAGAUCACAUCCAGUCACUAUCCAGUUACAGGAGUCUGAUACACCAGUGGAACAACCUCGAACUCGACGAAUGCGACAACAAGUUGUAGCUCCACAGUCAUUUUCUCAACCUGCUGAAAUCAAAGACGUGGAAACACACCUGCAUUAUGCGCGGGGACUAAACUUGGGAAAGAUCACAAAAAGUGGCUUUCAUUUGGGUUUCUCCUACGGUGGAUCAUGCUUGUUUAUUUCCUCCAUUCGUGUCUUUUACAUGAAAUGUCCAGGGAUUACAGUGAACCAGACUAGUUUUGGAGAAGUGUCAGCAGGGUCAGGGUGGAUCAGAGGCCAGUGUGUGAAUGGAGCUGAAGAAAUUUCUACCCCGAAGGUUGAAUGCGAGAAUAAUGGACAAUGGGGUGUAAUGCAUGGAUUGUGUAUCUGUGGAGCUGGAUUUGAAACAAAAGGCAACAUAUGUAAAGCUUGUGGUUUGGGCAGCUACAAACCUGCUAAUGAUAGUGGGGAAUGUCGGCCUUGCCCAUCCAACAGCAGAACAUCCUCAGAAGGAGCUUCAGCAUGUGAUUGUGAAGAGGGAUAUGCUCAACUGCAGAACGACCCCCCGCAACUAGGCUGUACAAGGUCUCCAUCAGCUCCACUCAACUUAACUACCAAUCAUAAAAGCAACACAGCCCUGAUUCUGAACUGGGCCACGCCUGCAGACCUGGGUGGAAGAGAAGAAGUGAUGUAUGAUGUAGAGUGCAAACAAAAAACAGGAGAAUCUCAUGCACCAUGGGUGCCAUGUGACAAUACCGUGUUAAUAAUGCCACAGUUCACGGGACUGACUGAAACUACAGCCAAUUUGACUGGAUUACAACCGCAUAUGAGCUACCAGGUUUCUGUCAGAGCAUACAACAGAAUAUCUCAGAAACUGGGCACAUCUGGGUCUGCACAUUCUGUUAUAAUAUUGAAGACUCCAGUCGAAAUCACUGCUGUUCCAGUACCAACAUCUGAUGUACAGAAAUUGCCUAAAGCUCCAGUAAUUGCUGGUGUGAUUAGUGGAAUACUGGUACUCUUGGCUCUGAUAGUAUCUGCCGUCUGCAUUGUACGCAAAGGUUAUAGUAAAUUCAGGGAUGAACAAGAAGUGGUGCUUAUGCCAUUACAGGAGUUCAGUAGAUCAUACAGGGCCCCUGAAGGUCCACAAACUACACCUUCUCAGCAAACUACCAGUUCUGAUCAGAUUUUGGACAGUGUGCAUGAAAGAAUGCUGUCUGGUAUUAAAGAUGUGUUGGUCGAUCGCAGCCGAGUCACGCUGGGCAAAGAGCUCGGGAGAGGAGAAUUUGGGGCAGUGUAUGAGGGCAUAUUCUUAUCAGAAGACAAUGAAUCCACCCAAGUAGCAGUGAAGACAAUGAGAGUUGGAAUUUACAGCCAGGAUGAUCUGCAGUCAUUUCUUAAAGAAGCUGAAAUUAUGCAGCACUUUGAUCAUGAUAACAUAGUGAAACUUCUGGGUGUCACCCUGGAGACAGUACAGGACUCGUCCAUCCCAGUCCCACUUGUAAUCCUGCCAUUCUUGAAACAUGGAGACCUAAGACGAUUUCUUAUAGCCACCCGCUAUGGUGACGUUCCUAUGUUUGUUCCUGAUCAGAGCUUGUUACGCUUCAUGAUCGACAUCGCCUUAGGCAUGGAGUAUCUCAGCUCCAAGGGCUUUUUGCAUAGAGAUUUGGCAGCACGCAACUGCAUGUUGGGAGAUGAUCUGCGUGUACGUGUAGCUGACUUCGGCCUGUCCAAACAAAUAUGCAGCAGUAACUAUUACAGACAGAAGGUUGCUAUCCGAAUGCCAAUUAAGUGGAUGGCUAUAGAGAGCCUUUCUGAAUCCAUCUACACAAGCAAGAGUGAUGUGUGGUCCUUUGGAGUGACCAUGUGGGAGAUUGUAUCCAGAGGAAGGACUCCAUAUCCUGGUAUUCCCAACCAUGAGCUUCUAGACAUGCUGGUCGGUGGGCAUCGCCUCAAACAAGGGGAGUGUGAAAAUAAACUAUAUGAGGUGAUGCUAAGCUGCUGGCACAAAGAGCCCUCUCAGCGGCCUUGUUUUGCAGAUCUGGCUCAGAGACUCAAAGCUCUACUGUGUGCGCUUCCGCCCUUGGAGCCCAGAGAAGAAAACUACUACAUCAACCAGGGCCUGGAGGCAGUCAACACCACCCAGAACUGUGCUGCAGAGCCUGAACCUGAGGGAGCUGUAGGAAACAUUUACUUGCCCUCGCCAGUGUGCACAAUAAACUCUGCUACAGAGAAUGAGCCGGUGAAGGACGACACAGAAGCUGGAUAUCUGCUCUGCAAUAUAAGCGGCGUGUAGACUGUCAAAAGCCAGAAAGCACAAAAUGUUGCUGUUCAUUGUGUUGUGUUUGUACACUAACAUACAGUGCCUGAAGGAAACACCUAGUCUUUUAUGGUUUUAGAGAGACAACUGCAUGUACCCUUUGUUUAUGUACAACAAACUAGGUAUCUUAAAGGUACGAACAUUUACUUUGACCAAACAAAUAUAUACCUGUACAAUGUUCAACAAAAAUCCUCCAUUAGCAUGUAUAACAGCUUUACACACUCUUGACAUCUGGACAGUUAGUUACUCCAAACACUCUUAGCUGAAACUCUUUGCCAUGUUACUUAAAAACUUGCCAAAGAAGAAGAUCUUCGAUAGUUGGAUUUUUCUUUCUGACCAUGUGAUCCAUUUCAUUUCAGGGCAGUUCAACUAGAUUUAGGUUCAGUGAAUAGAAAGGCCAAUCCAUGAAAAAUAAUAGAUAAAUAAUAAAUAAUGCUUACAGUGCUUGGACGUAUGCUUCAGAUCAUUGUCUUGUUAUAUGGUGAAGUUGAUUUUAAUUAGCUGCACUUCAGAGGAAAUUGGAUAAUGCUGAUUUAUGGAAUAGUAGCCAUGUUGGUUCAGUAUUCCUUUUAACCUGGAAUAAGUCUCCAACCUUCCCUGCUCCAAAACAAACCCAAGCCAGUAAGCUUUCACCUCCAUGUUUGAGUGUGUGUAUGAGGCAGUCUGCUAAGAUCUUCUCUCCUGUUCUCCAUCAUAAAUACAUUCUCUGUUAGAGACACAUUUUUUUUAAUUUGGGCUCAUCUGUCCACAGACCUUUUUUCCACUCAUUUAGUGUUCAGUUCUUGUGGGUUUUUGUCUUUUACCUAGUUUUUUGAAAUAUAAACAAAAGGACUGUGUCUCAAAAAUUGUAAAAUACACUGUAUCUGUUUAUGUAAUGCAAUAUAAGACAUAAAUGUAUGUGUAUGUGUAAAAUAAUUUAAAACUAAAUCUAAAACACCAGGUGUACAAGUUGCCACAAAAAUCACAGGUUUCUCUUUACUGUACAAUACAUCUGUUCUAGCAGCCACAAUUAAAUUCUUAAUCAAACCUCUCUUCUCUCUUCUCAGCCUUCACCUCUACUACUCCACCUCUUUUUACAUGUUUUUGCAGAGUUGUUGUUGCACUGUUGAAAUGUAUUCUAGAAUGAUUAACAGUGACAGAGUGGAUCAUAAAACACUUAAACACUUA